CUCCGUGCAGCCAUUUGUCGAAAAAAAGUUCUAACCUGAAAAAGAAAAUGGUCGCAUAUCAGUUGGGGGUGUCGCCGUGAAGACAAUAACAAAGCAUUUUUCUUAUAUUGUCAGUGUGUACGUGUUUGUGGUAUGUAACUUAAUAGGAGAUUUUUCUUAGUAAAAACACGAAACGACGAAGAAACCGACGAUUUUGAGAAAAUCUCAACUUUUAAGCGUCGUCAGUGAAUUGGAGGAUGAUCUAAAAAAAUAAGUUUUAAAACAAUACAACUGGAUCCCUGGAAAACAUUUAAUAACAAUGUCUUCAAUAAAUAGUGUGGAAUCAUUUGGGACAUUACAAUGGGACAUGAUUGAACUUGCAGGGCAUCUCAGACAGGAACGUUUAUUUGUCAGUUCGGAACAGCAGAAUUUGCAAACGCUUAAUGAGAAGGUUAUAUAUAUGUCAUCUGAUCUGGCUCAACAAGCAUGGGUAACGGCUCAGCAGAGAGUUAAUCUAAAUCAGCUGAUAGUAUCAAGGCCAGACUGUACUCCAGCUUCUUGCUGCCAGAGAGCCAAUACUUUGGAGAAUUCUCAAUUCGUUGACGGAUAUAAACAUCUACGUUAUCAAGUAUGCUUGGCAUACGGGGAGUUCCUGGACGCAUUACGAAAGUCGCCAAAACUUGUAGCAUCUUGUCUCGUGGAAGGUGAUAAGGUCGCACCGGAGAUGAUGCAGUGCAUAAUCCAGUCUCUGGCAGCUGGUUUAUUUGGCAGUUGUUUAUUACCAGAAGACAAGAUUUUAGUAUUAAAAUUACUAAGACAUCUCAUAUUUCUUCAAGUUGUCCCAUCAGAUAAUCCGAGGAGAUUACUACGUCAAGGAACCUGUGCGUUCUCUAGAUUCUACUCUGUUUUUCAUGAGGGCCUUUUUUCGGCAAAGUUGUUUUUAACCGCUGCACUGCACAGCCCCAUAAUGCAGUUACUUAUGGAAGAUGAGAUGUUUCUCGAUAUAGAUCCGGACAAGGCACCAAUAAGAUUUCCACCUGCAGAAAGGUUAAAGAAAUUUGGCAAGGAAGGUACAACGGAAUACCAAACAAAGUUACAACGUUAUAGACUUUGGACGAUUAAUUCUUUGGUACGAAUUAGUCAGAGAUUCAUCGUGAGCAUUCGCGAGAAUAUGCACUGCUUCCCCACAAGCGUGUGCUGGCUCGUCAGACAGAUGGCUGGUCUUCUGGGAAAAAAUGGCAAUGUUGAUCCCAGAGAAGUACAUGCAAUGUGUACCGAUCUUGUCUUCACCUAUUUCAUAUGUCCAGCUAUAGUCAAUCCAGAACCUUAUGGCAUCACUGACGCACCCAUUAGCUACGUUGCAAGAUUUAAUCUCAUACAAGUCGGUCAAAUCUUGCAGAUGCUAUCGUUGAUUAAAUAUCAAGCUAUCGACGCCAAAGUAAUGGACCUUUACAGGCGGUUCGAGAAAGAUUCUGUCUCGUCCAUGCUGGACGCUAUGCUAGAAGGGGCCACUGAUGAACUUGAGGAUGAACCUGCUGUCAUAGAUAAUAGCAAGCUUCAAGGACUUUCUAGAUCUGCCGCACUCUUCACUGAGAACGAACUCAAUACUGUAAUUACAUUUUUACAAAGUGUCGCUAACGAUAAUGCCGCUGAUGAGAUUCAAUCUGGUAGUGCUGUCAAUCGAAAACAAUUGAGCGAGAUGCUCUCGCAAUUACCUUCGGAUUUAUUAGCUACACAUAAGACUGGCAGUAACAUUUCACCAGAGACUCCAAACAAGAGAGGUGGCCUUCUUGGCAAAGUUGGCCGCGGAAGAGAUACACGGAUAUCGUCAUCACUUUCGUCCAAUGCUAUGGCCGACGGAGUUUCUGACGAGAUUAAUGGUGUUUCUGGUCCAGAGGAUGACCUAAUUGAUUCCAAACUUCCUCAAGAUGUUCUUGUUAUACCUUUCGGUCCUACAUCCAGUGAAACUGUUGGCUUACUAAGCGAGCAAAAGGUUCUUUGUAUGGAAAUACAAGAUGACAUCGACAGUGGACCUGUGACUUUGAAUCUCCCUGAUGAUAUGCCUAAUGGACACAAUCGCAGAGAAGGUACCAAUAGCGUGGAGCGCAUCGAAACUCAAGAAAAAAGAACACGAUUUUCUUUAUCACACGAUGAAGUCUUAUUUGAAGGGUCCAUCGGUAAUACUUCGGAUAAUUUGGAAGCAGUGUCGGAAGCUGCCUCAAAUCAUAGUGUGGCAUCCUCGCUGGAGUUGGAGACCGAAGAUCAGAAUGACAACCUGUCCGAUAUGGUAUCAGCCAACGUGUCCGGCCGUGGAACUCCGAAUAUUUCGGGUCGCGACACACCAUCUUCGCAGAUUACGGAGGGCGACGAUGGUCGUGCGACAGGUGAAGCGAGGCAGCUGGAUUUGCCUCCGCCAACGAUGCCAACAAAACAAAGUCGCUCAGAAAUCGAUGAUAAAUUUUGCAAAUUUGAAAUUAAAAAACUUAUUGAAGGAUACUUUUUAGGGGACGAAACCAUUUCUUUGGUAUCCGAUACCUGGUCUACAGAUGUUUUGGCCUCAGACAGCGAAACUCUCGAGCAGCAAGAGCGAUUCCCGUUCGCUCCACCAUCUGAACAAUCACAACCUGUUUUGCCGACGGAGCAUACACAAGCUAUACUCGACGUCAGUGAGACUGCAUCCGAAGCCUGGAGUACAGAUGUACUUGCUAGUGACUCAGAAAGAAUGACAGAAGUUGAUACCGAUGACACAGCCAGUGUUGCUAGAUCCGAUGAUACAGCAAGAUCAGAAGUCGAAAUUGAAGGUCGUGGUGAACCCGAAGGCGGAGAAGAAACGCCACCACCUAUGUCUUCACGAAUACGAGCAGAAGGUUCCGCAUCGUUAUUCCGCCCUAUUCGAGAAGAACCUAUUGGUCGACCUACACUCACAAUCCCAACCUCACCAACGGCCUCUCUGUCACCCUCAGGAUGGCACAUAACUGGGCGUAAUGGAUCUAAAUUAGACUCUCGACGUAGCGCCAUAGAGUACGUCGACAACAAUGCCAACAAUGUCAAUAACAUGGAUUACGGGAAGCCAUUAGGGGAAAACAGACUAGUUCAUCUUAUUGAUAAACUGCAGAUCGACAACGGGCGAAGUACAAAUGAGCGGCAAGGCGCGAGUAAUAAUCAUAUUGGUGCAGCUGCAGUAGCUCCAGCUCUUCUUUUGGCGAAUCAUAUCUCCGCACCUGUAUUGCCAAAUGAGAAAUUACCAAAUGGUGACGUUAAAACAGAGGAACAGGAAGGUGGCAUACCCACUAGUAGUAAUGUAGUGGUGAGAUUGAGCACAGCCAGUUUGACAUCCAGUAGCAGUUCUGGGUCAGAAUCAAGAGCAAAGAAUACUAUUGCUUCAGACUUAUGCUUAAAUCAGCCUAUAUCAAACGGAAAUGGCGAUAUGACGGAUGGUGUUAGCUCUAUAACAUCAAAACCUACUACUUCUACCGGCGCUAUUCCGAAGAGUAUAAGUUUCGAUAUGACGGCCGAACGCGGUGAUAAGGAACUUCUCGACGAUGAUCAGAAGAACAAGCGAGGUUUUUUCGUUAAACUUAAAAUGACCUUAAGGAACCGUCGAGGUAAAUCGGUACGUGGGGCUGAUGAUCUCAGCAGAUGCUACGACCGUGAAGCUGGUGGCGAUGGGCUCGACGUUAGUAGACAUAGGCUGCGUAGAAUCAUGUCGGAAGAUACGACCUCUACAGGAAGCAUAAACAGUGACAGUACCGACGAUAUACUAGCAAAGUACAGACGGAAACCAAGUGCAACAAGCGAUACUGCUUCCGUGGAAAGCAGUCAGUCGCGAACAAAAGAAGCUGAAGACGAAAGGCUUUUGAUAGAUCCAAAUAACGUAGAACUUUCAUUCGCCUUCGCUGAUGCUAAACGAAAACUGCGAAUGGUGCUAAGCACUGCAGAUCUUCAACACAUUCCAUGUAGCACGGCUUCGGAGAGAAAUACGUGGAUGCAAAAGGAAAAUGAAUUAGUAACCUUUUUGCAACUACAACUUGCUGAAGCUAUCAAUUUACAAGAUAGAGCAUUGAUAGCACAUCUUCAUGAGACGUUAAGAUGUGUUAGAUUGUUUAAUGAUGAUGGGUGUAGAAAACUCUUCAAGUCCCUUCGAGAUGAUUAUCAAAAAAGAUCCCCCUACAUAGCUUAUUUAAUAAGAUGUCGACAGGGUUUGCUGUCGACUCUGGCACACUUGGAUCGUUUGGGAGAAAGGGUCAAGUGUGAUCGUGAUGCAGUAAAUAGCCACCUCGUAUCUGUAUGCGUAAGGGUCUUUCUAGAAAAAAGAGAAACUUCUAUUUUACGCUUCUGUGAUGAAUUUAAAGAACUUAAACUGGCCGAUGAGAAGCAGGAUUCAGUGGAUAAUUUUCUUGGAAAAAUUAACACCGAAAUGGAAAAUGACCCUAUUUGGCAAGUGGCAAGUGAGAAUCAGUUGGCACUCGCGAGGUCCGUGGUGGAGAGGACUGUGAUGGCUCGAGUGUAUCACAAUGCAUUAUAUCCAAAUGGAGAUGGCGAUGUUUAUAGAGAUCAACUUCUUCAUGAUCAUAUAAAAAAACUUGCCAAAGUCGUCACCCCGAAUCAUAAGGAUUUACGCAUUCCAAAAAUUUACCAUUAUGAGUGUCCGUGGCCUUGGGCCCAAGCCGAAUUAGCGGUGAUAUCAGCGUACAAAACACCGCGUGAUAAGCUACAAUGUGUAUUUCGCUGUGCAACUACGAUCAUGAAUUUAUUGUCGAUGGCAUCCGAGAGAGGAAUACCUGCAGCCGACGACCUAAUACCGGUUCUCGUCUACGUUAUCAUAAAAACAAAUCCGCCGUCUCUUCUGUCAACUGUACAAUAUGUAGACAGUUUUUACGGGAAUAGAUUGGAAGGCGAGGAACAGUAUUGGUGGACGCAAUUCUGUUCUGCCAUUGAAUUUAUCAAGACAAUGGACUAGUUAACAUCGUGGGAUCGAAAAAAUGAGUCAUUCGAUUUGUCCGAUAAUUGCUAACGACGAAUAUACUUGAACGGAAAUAAUAGCUAUUAGGGUCCGCGAGGACUAUUCCAUACGAGGAUAUGCUAGUCUCCCUCGUUCAUUUUUUAUUUUUUGUGUAAAAUUAUAUGAAUGAUUAUAUAAAGCACAACUGAGAACAAUAGAACCUUUUUAUAACACCAAAACUUCCAGUUGCAUCGCAAUUGCUUUCAAUCAAAUCAUCUCUUGGACCAUUUAACUUUCCAUUUUGCCAAGCGAGAACCGUUGGUAUGAAUUUUCUCAUUUCAACAAGUCCACCUAAAUGAAAAGUGAAUGAGUGUAUAUAUGGUGCAUUUCUAACAAACUGUAUGAGCCUAUUGAAUUAUUAAGUACAUAUGAACAGCCGAUUACACGUCAGGAGAUAUCUUGUCAUUACACAAAACCGUAUUUAUAAUUUGAAACAAGCGUCGUGUUAUAAAUAAUCAGCAGCAUCGUUUUAUCUUUAAAUUGUUGCCAGAAAUCGUUACAACAUAUUACCAACGCUAUAUUACUCUUAUUAUAUUCACUUUCGGGAUAAGUGUAUUCGCUUGAUUAGCAUAUACUUUUUAAUUGUUAGUAACAUGGGAAGACAUACAGUUUUAUGGAAAACUUAGGUAAUUCAUACGAUCCCAUUUGUGCCUCUGCACGUAAUCCGAAGUAAAAGUGACAAAUUAGAGAAAGUACUCCAUAAAAUAAUUAACGGUAAACCUUUGAGUAGCAAUGAUAUAAACCGCUUAUAUAUUUUGAAAAUGUACGAUAUAUUGAUUAUACAAGGUCAAUUCAUUUACAUUCGCAUAUAAUCAAUUAAAAAAGAAAAGUAAAAAUAAUCGAAUAACGUACAUUACAUUUAUUGAUUUUCGUGCAUGAUGAACAAGCUUGUUAUUUAUAAUUCUUUUUUUAUAUAAAUGGCACUAGCUGGGAUCCGCUAUUUAAAAUUCAAUAGAUGGGUUUAAUUUGAAAUUUAUUAAUUGUUUAAAGGAAAUUCAAGUGUGAAUGGAAAAGUGAUACCGAAUUCCAUCGAUUAAUAUUUAUAAAUAUUUCGUUAAUGCAGUCGUAAUUUAUAGUCUGUCGUAUAAAAAAAUUGGCAUAUAUUUUACGACGGAGAUCCUAAGAGUUAUAAAGUUAUAGAAAGUCGUAAGAAAUGAGGUUAAAAGUAAACAUUUAAAGCAUAAUAUUACUUGGGGAUAUUACAAAAUUUUAGCAAGCACGUAUAUGCUUUGUAAUUAUGCUUCUGUUAAGAAACCAAGAUAUUUUAUAAAUUAUUCAGUAGUUAUUGCUCUUUACGUGGAUUAAAAUAGUAAAAAGAGCGUAAGAACAGAAAAAUACUCGCUGUAUGUACACGGGGUGACAUAAUCACCUCAGUUCAUCUACAUAGGCUAGGUGAAGAUAUGUCCCGCGCCGUAGGUUUAUUCGCGUAUGCGCGUAUAGUUAAUAUACAGUCUCAGAAUAUUUUGCAAUAUAUAUAUAUAUAUUUUUGUAGUCUGAAGAAAAUAGCUAUAUCUUCAUAAUAUCAUGUGGCACGUGAAUGCACUGUAAUGCACAGGUUAAAUCAACAUUGCACAAAAUAUUGCCGAAUAAUACGGAUGAAAGGGAAAAAGUAUUGUGAGAGAAAUUUUCGGCUCACUUGGCUGUGCUUCGCAGAAUAAAAAUAUGUGUUUAUUUUAUUUUAGCGAUAAAUAGUUUUUUCUCUAUCGCAGAAAGUUACAGACUAAUAUAAUGGAAUUAUUUAUAAAAUGAUUGAUUAAUGUGUGUAUUGUAUGUGUGAGAAGCCAUAAAACUCUCGCUGACAAAUCUUAUCCUGUACAUCUGUUUAUUGUAAUUUCCUAUAUUUACUGAUAAUAGUAGACGAUACGCUCAUAUGUCGCGAGACUUCAGUGAGCAAUUAAUCAUAACGAUAACUUAACAAUAUACAAUAUUUUAUUAUAUUAUUUCUUCUUCUUAAGAAGGUGCGGCGUGUACUUCUAUGCUUUGCGCGUUCCAUUUGGAUCUAAGGACAAAAAAUACAAAUUGAAGAGAUAAUCUCACCUCGUACUUUGUAUUUCCUAGAAAGACGUGCCUAGAAGUACAAAGUCGCACGUACGCAUUAUUAAUAUCUUGAGUAACAGGACAAAGUUGUAUUAUUAUAGUUCAAGUAUUUAAAAUAUAUAUAGAGACAAAUUAUUCAAUUAUGAACUAUUUUCAAUAAAUUAGUAGACGGACAGAUGGGAAAUCUGACAAGUAUGUCGAAUUAUUCAAAUAAGACGAAGUUAGUGGAUCCAUCCAAGAACUGUGUAUUAGUUCGUGGAUAUAAAUAUUAAAUGCGUAAUACAGCUUGAUGCAUUGACAAUUAUAUGAAUCUACUAAUUCUAUUCAAAAAUCAGGUUCUCAACAUUUCCACUCAUUUUAACAAUGGCUUCCAGAUAUCAUGUUUCCGGAAAAAUCUAAGGAGUCCCGUUUUUAAUGUCAUCAUCACCUGGAUAUCACGAGUGAGCUCAUCCCGUAUAUUUGUGGUAGCUUUCUCAGAUACCUUCGUGUAUACUACAUCUACAUGCAUCCCGUCUGUUCUUUGUCGAAUUUACAUGAACCCUUGUUCUCGGGAACUCCAAUACCUGAAUUAAUACAUGUGCAUUCUAUUUAUAAUUCUUCAUGUAAUAUGUAUUCCCUAUUAAAAUAUUUCUAUAAAUAAUAAUAAACUAUUGUUGUCUCACGUAA